AUGCCCUAUGAAGCAAAGAAAGACAAAGGGGAUCCCCUCCUUUAUCCCUACGCUAGGAGCAAUACAAAACAUAUGAAAGGGAACCUGAACAGCUGGAGGGUUGAUGAAGACAUUUACCAAAUAGUUGCAGCUGAGGACCUGGAGAAACCUGGAACACGGCACAGCAUUAGAACGGACUAUAGUGUCGACUACACAACUGGCCGGCUGAUGAGCUUCAGCACCGUCUUUGCCGUCAUGUUCAACGGUUGCACGGGGAUCAUGGCGGGGUCAAACAUGUCAGGCGAUCUCAAGCGGCCCAGCUAUUCCAUUCCUCGGGGCACCAUCAUGGCUGUGAUUUUCACCUACGUUGUCUACAAUUUGUUGGCGGUUCUCCUGAGCUGCACCUGCGACAGGUUGGUGGCGGAUCGCCCACCAGGGGGCGCACCUAUCCUACACGCACAGCAAUCCUGUGUGAGGAAGAAAUCCUCUAAUCAAGGUUUCUCAGGCUCAGCAAUUUUUAAGUGUGGUGGACUUCAACUCCCAGAAUUCCCCAUCCAGCAUGCGCUUCUAUGAUUCUUAAAGUUUCUGAGGUUGAGAAAACUUCCUUCCUU